UUGGCUGGGUGCUGGCCCAGAUUCAUCAGACCGAGACAAGUGCGUGUGGUGAGCGGCUUGAGGGCUUGAGACUAGGCGAGUUACGCAGCAAGAGAAGCACCUCGUUCGGAUCGAAUAGUUAAAGUCAGUCGCGCGCCCAUCGCAGUCGGUGCAACUGAUCAUCAUCUCCGGUUAAGCGCCGCAGACGCGGUAUCAGUUCUUCGCUUGCCUCGAGGUGUUUUGUGUUUGGGAUUGAAGUGUGUCGCGAGAGUGUGCCUUUUUUUUGUGUGUGUGAAAAUCUGGUAGACACAGAUACGAACACCUUCGUUUGAUCAGCUGUAUUUGGCAAAACCAUCUACUGGACCGGUAUAACCCUUGUAGCGGUAUCGUGCGUGUUUUUUUUGUUGUGAAAACCUGUUUUGCGAUCCCGUUUUCUUUCGCGAGCUCUCGUUGCGCUCGUACUGUUUCGUUCGUGUGAUCUCGGUUCGGAUCUUGGGCGCUAUGUCGGAGCUCACCAAGAUGUUCCACGGAGCGCUCAUCUUUGUGGCGUUCGCCGUGCUGCUGAACUGGAUGAUGAAGCGUUGGCGGCUCGGUCAGAUCUAUGACAAAAUACCGGGACCGAAGGCCUACCCGCUGGUCGGUACGAUGUACAUGUUUUUCGGGAAGAAACCGCACGAGAUUUUCUACGUGAUUGAUCAGCGAACCCGAACCUAUCCGGACCUGCACCGCGUCUGGACCGGAAUGGUGCCGGAAGUGCGGAUCAGCAAGGCCGAAUACGUGGAGCAGGUCAUCAGCUCGAGCAAGCACAUCGAAAAGUCCACCAUGUACAGCUUUCUGCACGACUGGCUCGGCGAAGGACUGCUCACUUCCAAAGGUGAACGAUGGUUCCAGCACCGUAAGCUCAUCACACCGACCUUCCACUUCAACAUCCUCGACGGCUUCUGCGAUGUGUUCGAGGAGAACGCACAGGAGAUGGUCCGGCACCUGGAACCGCACGCCAACACCGGCACACCGGUCAACGUGUACCCGUUCAUCGCGAGCGCCGCGCUGGACAUCAUUUGCGAGACCGCUAUGGGCGUUAAGGUGAAUGCGCAGAGUGGUGGCAAGCAGAACGUCUACGUUAAUGCAGUGAACGAGCUAAGCCGGUUGUUCCUCGAGCGCCUCGUUCGGCCCUGGCUGCAUGUGAACUUCAUUUGGAACCGUUCCCGUUUCGCGAAGCGCUACGAGCACGCACUGAGCACUGUUCACGGUUAUACCAGACAGGUCAUCCGGGACCGGAAGAUGGCCCUGGCGCAGCGUAGCAACGGUGAGCCCGCCGAACCACCUUCCCCCGAUGGUGACUCCUUCGGGCGGACGAAGAAUCGGUUGGCAUUUCUCGAUGUGCUGCUGCAGGGCAAUCAGGCGCACAAUCUGCUAACCGAUGAGGACGUCCGGGAGGAGGUGGACACCUUCAUGUUUGAGGGCCACGAUACGACGACGGCCGGCAUCAGCUGGAUACUAUUUCUGCUCGCGCUCCAUCCGGAGAUACAGGAUCGAGUGUACGAGGAGAUUGAAUCCGUACUGGGCAAGGACACUAGCCGACCGGCAACCAUGCACGAUCUGAACGAACUCCGAUUGCUGGAGCGUUGCAUCAAGGAGGCGCUCCGCCUAUACCCCUCCGUCUCCUUCUUCGGUCGAACACUCAGCGAGGACAUCGAACUGGCGGGCCAUCACAUCCCGUCCGGGACCAUCGUCGGCAUACACGCCUAUCAUGUGCAUCGAGAUGAAAGGUACUUCCCGGACGCCGAAACCUUCGAUCCGGACCGGUUUCUGCCGGAAAACAGCGAACAGCGCCACCCGUACGCGUAUAUUCCGUUCAGUGCGGGACCGAGGAACUGCAUUGGCCAGAAGUUUGCGCUGCUCGAGGAGAAGAGCGUGGUGUCGCGGGUGUUGCGCCACUUCCGGCUCCGUUCGGGCCGGACACGCCAACAGCAAACCAUCAUGCACGAGCUGAUUACCCGACCGCGCGAUGGCAUCCUGCUCUACCUGGAAUCUCGCCAAUGAGUCGUGGGCGCAGUCAAGGAAGGAGUGGAAGUGUUUGUGUGACCUUUUUGCAGUUCGUGAGACGCGAACGACGAAAAACGCGAUCGGUGUUUGUUGAUGAAACUGUCGAUGAAAGUUAAAUAAACGCAUGUGCUACAGUUAUUAAACUGAUUAUUUGUUUAAUGUUUGUUUCAAUAAAAUGUUGUGACAUUGCUAUUUGUAG